CCAUACCGGCCAUUCUUUAAUCCACGCGCCCCCCACCAAAACCCUCGUUUUCUUCCUCUAAAUUCAGGCGAAUCCUCCAUGGAUAAGGGAGGGAUGAACCACAUGCACGGUAUGGGGAUGCCGCCGUCGUCGCCCGCCGCCGCCGCGAACGGCACUUUUCGCCACCGCCACAUGAUGAUGCACAUGACGUUCUUCUGGGGGAAGAACACGGAGGUCCUCUUCUCGGGCUGGCCGGGAUACGACCACCUGGGCAUGUAUAUUCUGUCGCUGGUUGUCGUCUUCGUUCUCGCGGUUCUGGUGGAGUGGUUGUCGAAUUGCAACUACAUCAAGGAAAGCGCGAACCGUGCGGCGGCGGGGCUCCUCCAGACCGCCAUGUACGGCCUCAGAAUUGGGCUCGCGUAUAUGCUGAUGCUGGCCGUGAUGUCAUUCAACGGCGGCGUAUUUCUGGUGGCCAUCGCCGGACACACGCUCGGGUUUUUGUUCUUCGGGAGUCGGGUCUUCAACAAGCCCGCGGCGAACGGGAAGACCACAGAUCUCCCACCUAUGAGCUGCAAUUGCUGAUGAUGGGAAAAUUAUAUCUGGGAAAAGAAAAUUUGUCUUAAUUUUAAUUUUAGGUCUUUUUUUUUUUUUAAUAAAUUUUAUUCCUGUAUGAGUGUAUGACUGUAUGUACCGUACCAAUAUUUUUGCUGCAUAACAAUUAUAAUAUUUAUCAAGGAAUGGUUCACCUUCAAA